UCCAGGCCACUGUGUCCUCUCAACUCCGCACCCGGCACUUCUUCUCUGAGGUUUCUUCUGGAGGAAAAAUGGCAACUGUUGCAGUUGAUCCUCAACCAAAUGUGGUGACCAGGGUAGCCAACCUGCCCUUGGUGAGCUCCACAUGUGACCUUGUGUCCUCCGCUUAUAUCAGCACAAAAGAUCAGCACCCUUACCUGAAGUCUGUGUGUGAGAUGGCUGAGAAAGGCAUGAAGACCAUGACUUCUGUGGCGGUGACAGGUGCUCUGUCCAUCAACCAGAAGCUAGAGGCACAGAUUGCAGUUGCCAAUACCUAUGCCUGUAAAGGACUGGACAGAAUCGAGGAGAGACUACCGAUUCUGAAUCAGCCAACAGCUCAGAUUGUUGCUAAUGCCAAAGGUGCUGUGACUGGGGCAAAAGAUGCUGUGACAACUACUGUGACUGGAGCCAAGGAUUCUGUAGCCAGCACAAUUACAGGGGUCAUGGACAAGACCAAAGGGGUAGUAACUGGCAGUGUGGAGAAGACCAAGUCUGUGGUUAAUGACAGCAUUAACACCAUUCUGGGAAGUCGGAUGGUGCAGCUUGUGAGCCAUGGAGUAGAAAAUGCACUGACAAAAUCAGAGCUAUUGGUAGACCAAUACCUUCCUCUCACUCAGGAAGAGUUAGAAAAAGAAGCAAAAAAAGUGGAAGGCUUUGAUAUGGUUCAGAAGCCACGUUAUUAUGUACGACGGGGAUCUCUAUCUACGAAGCUCCGUUCACGUGCCUAUGAGCAGGCUCUCAGUAGAGUUAAAGAUGAACAGAAAAGCCAAGAGACCAUUUCACAGCUCCAUUCUAUUGUUCACCUGAUUGAAUAUACCAGAAAGAAUGUUCAUAGUGCCAACCAGAAAAUUCAGGAUGCUCAGGAUAAGCUCUAUCAGUCAUGGGUAGAGUGGAAAAGAAGCAUUGGCCAUGAUGAUACUGAUGAAUCCCAUUGUGCUGAGCAUGUUGAGUCACAGACCCUGGCUAUUGCUCGAAACCUGACUCAGCAGCUCCAGACCACGUGCCACACCCUUCUCUCCAACGUCCAAGGGUUACCAGAGCACAUUCAAGACCAGGCCAGCCACUUGGGGGUGAUGGCAGGAGAGAUCUACUCUGUGUUCCGAAAUGCUGCUUCCUUUAACGAAGUAUCUGACAGCUUCCUUGCCUCUAGCAAUGGGCAGCUGCAGAAAAUGAAGGAAUCUUUAGAUGAUGUGAUGGAUUAUCUUGUUAACAACACACCUGUCAACUAGCUGGUAGGUCCCUUUUAUUCUCAGACUGCUGAGUUUCAGAAUGCUCAGGAUCAACCUAUAGAGACUGACAGGACCAGCCAGGAGGCCCAGCCAUCUGAGCACAAAACUCACUAAGCCUAUGCUUGUCACUGAGUAAAUUUGUGCUUGUUAUUGAGUAGCCAGCCAGAUGAUAGCCUUGCUAUGUUGAAAUUAAUCUUGACAAUUUAGAAGAUUCUAAAUUGGAAAAGCAGCUAAGUAGGAAAAAGGUCCUCAGAUGAAGUCAUUUUUAGCUGAAUUAAGAGCUUUAAAGUUUGUAGCAUGAGCCAGAUAACUUGUGUACCAGGCUGUAAAUAAAGAGCAUUAGCCUAGCCAGAUCGCUUAAGUUCAAGUGCACUUAUAGUCUCACACUACAGCCUUUGUGUAGCUAUUGCUAACACCUGUUUAUAUUGAGUAAAAACAGCAUCAUAGUGGCUCUGUGCACAAUAAAUGCCAUGAUGCAUGCUUGUCUACCUUGAUUUUACCUUUUUUCUUGCUUGUAAAGAAAUGAAUUCAAUAAAGUUUGUGGCAGUUUGAUG